AUGUAUAAAGUAUCUGGAUUGUUUACUAAAUUUGGUGAUGACAACAAAGAGUUUGUUGAGCUUAUGAACAAAUUAGCUACCGAUUCAAAGAAUGGUUUGGUGUUCCCAAAUGAUAAAUUAUGGCAAAAAGAAUCUGAUUUAGGAGUAUCUAUCGAUAUCAAUAACAAGCAUUUCAAAGUGGCCAACAAAUUAUUGUACACAUUGGUAACCAGUUUAAAACCACAUGAAUCAAAUGCUCAAUUACAAUUUAUUGUUAGAAUAUUAGGAAAUUGUCAAGAAUUAAUUCCUCCUUAUAUGAACUGGUUAGUCCUGCAUGGUGGUGGCUAUCAUGAUCCUGCAUUAACUUCAUGGUGGAUUGCUUACACUUUGUUGUAUUCCAAUAUCUUGCAGUUAUCAUUGCCUAACUUUACUACCAACACCGAAUAUCUUAAGUUUGAUGCUAAAUUGAUCUUUGAGAAUUUGGUAUUUGCCCCCCUUUCUAAGAAUGCAUUAACCAAUGGGUUGGUCACAGCCAAGAAGCCAUUAAUCACUCAAUUGACAUUACAAAUCAUCUUGUACAUCUUGAAGAAAUUGGAAUCAAUUUUAGAAAUAGUGAGAAUUGAUGUUCGACAAGAAUUAAUCGAUCUUGUAUUUACUCAAUUACCAGAUUUGACAAGCAUUUCACAAUCAUUCCUUGAUCAUGAAUCAUCAAAACUAAUUAAAUUAACUGCAUUAACAAUUGUUUCCAAAUAUGAAAAAUUACUUCCAUCAUUAAAUACAAACUCCAUCCAGAAGAUAGUAUCCAGUGGUAUUUCAUCUAUUUUGAGCACCGCUAAUAUUACAGGCUACCAGUUAACAUUAUUGGAUUUAUAUAUGCUGAUCCAGAAAAAUCAAGAUUUCAAGUGGUGGAACAAGUUGAACAACUCUAGUAAUUCCUUCUUUACAUCAUUGAUUAAAUUAUGCUCCCAAUCAAACAUCAAUCAAGCAUUCACUUUGAAAAUAUAUCUGUUAUUGAACAAAUUGUGUAUGGAUAAGAUGGUGUUUAAUGAUAGUUUAUUGGUCACUCCGAUCAUGGCAUUGAUCUAUUCCUUGGAUUUGGAAGUUGAUGAUAGAAUUUGGAAUAUGUUGGAUGAAACCAUUUCAAGAAUUGUCAGAACCCCGUACAAAUAUCUUGAUUUGUCUCACAAACUGUACCAUGACACUAGUAUCUUUGUUGUUGCUUUAAUCGAACAAUUUAAGUUCACCUUAGGUAAAAGUGAAUCAGAUGUUGGAAAUAUCAAAUGGUUGUUUAAAUUUAUUCACUACUUGGUUCUCAUUGGUGAACCUAAAUCUGCUUUAUUAGAAUUGGUUAAGCAAUUGGAUAUUGAUACAUCUGAUCUUGAAAACUUGUUGAAAUUUGAUACUACCUCUACAAUUGAAUCCAAAGAUUCUUCCAUCAUGGAUGUGGUAUUGAAUUAUUCGACCAAUGAUCUUAUCAAUAAAACCAAUGUUUUGGAAAAGAAGGUUAUUUCAUCAAAUUUGGAUUUCUUAGCUGGAUUAUUACUUGUCAACAAUGUUAUCCAACUGAGCAAUCAAUCAAACAAAUUACUUGAAGUUGUCUUCUCUAAGUUUUGGUCUUUCCUAAUGAAUUCAUCUAAUGAUGUUGUUCGUUAUUUUACAUCUGAAAAAACAUGGGGUCCAUUAUUCAAAGCAGAUUCCGAGAAUGCUGAAACAGUAUUGAGUUUCUAUAACCAGAUUUUGUUAAGUUUACCAUCGGUCCAAAAGGAAACUGAAAGUCUUGCUAAAUUUUUGAUGGAUAAGUAUCAAAAGAAUGACACCACCUUUGAUCAAUUUAUCUGGAUUCUUGAUGAUUUGCAGUUGUCAGAAUUGAUGACAGUGAAUAUUGAUAGUGACAAGCUUUUCAUGGAUGUGGUCAAAACUGGUAUUACAAGAAAAUCAUUUGCAUUGAAUUAUGAGCAAUUCCAAAGAGUGUAUAAAUCUGAACUUCCAGAAAGAAAUGAAAUAUUACAACAAGCAAUUGAUUUAAAUUUGAUUUCUGCAUUUACCGAAGAACAAUUGGAUUCCCUUGUUGCGAAUCUUACGUCAAAUGAAAAGGAUUAUUUCUUGAUUGGCAAUCUUGCUAAAAAAUUACCGACUGUUGUAAUGAAAUUAUUAAACCUGGGUGAUAUUAGAGAUGAUUAUUUGAAUUGUCUAAUUGGUUAUUCAUUAGCAAAGCAAGAUUUGUCUAUCCCUGAAGAUUUCCUCAGCAAGAUAUCUGAUAUUAUUACUUCAAGAAUUGAAAGUGGUAAUUUGGGACAAAUAUCCUGGAAUCAAGCAUUGGCUAUUUUAUCCUUGACUGGCAGUAUUUCUGUUGAAAUAUCAAAUAAAGUUUUGGAUUCAAUUGAUUUGAAACAAUCUUUCAUUCCAGAAUUUAUUGAUUUUAUUUCAAAAUGUUCUGCUAAUCCUGAAUUGACAUCCUGGUUACAUAAGGCUAUUCUUUACAUUACUAGAAAAUUUGCUGAGUCAUCAAGUUUGUCAUCUGAUUUUAACAACUUUUUAAUUGCCAUUGGUGAUUAUAUUUUGAAAAAUAACAUCUGGCAGUUGGUGCCAUCAAAUGUUUUAAAUGCUCAACUUGAAGUAAUUCUUAAUUCUAAAUGGUCUAAAGAACAAGAAUAUUUGAAAUAUAUUGUGAAAUUAAUAACAAUUGCGCCAAAACAAAAAAUUGAAUUUGAAAAAUUAUUCCAAAUAUCAUUAAACUUGAACAAUUUGAAGAAUUUCCCAACAGAUGAAAAUAUCCAGAUGAGAUACUAUUCCAGUGUGAUUUUGUAUUUGCUUUUCAACUUUGAUCAUCUGAAGUUAUCCAAUUUGAAGAAUUUGGAAUUGUUAUUAGAUAAUUAUUUGGGAACUAAUCGUGCUGAAGAUUUGUUUAUUAAAUCAAUAUUGAUUAAGAUUGAAUCAAAAGUAUCUAUCAGUUGGUUGACUAAAGUUAUCAAUUGGGAAUUCCUGGAAGAAUUAAUAGGAAAUGAUAUUGAUUUGGUUGGUCAAGAAAGAUUGAUCAAGAAUAGUAAUGGUAACCUUACUAUUUGUUUGAACAAAGGAUUUGUUAAAAAUUCAUUAACUGAAACGCCAUUGGAAUUACCUGUCUUCAAUAAGGGAACGAGAAUGUUUGAUCAAUUGGAAAAUUUCUAUCAAGUUAGUUCAUUGAUCCCUGUUAAUUCCUUAAGCUAUGACUUUGAAUUUUUGUUGAUGAUUGUUUUGAAUAACGAAGAAUUGUUGAGAUAUAGUAAAGAUGAAGAAGGUGUACCAAGUUAUACUUUCAACAUCAAAAAUUUGAUUGAAACUGGUAUUUUACAAUUUAUCAUCAUCACUUUAUCUUCAUCUGAUACUAAAAUCCAAUCAGUUUCAAAAGUUAUACUUAACAAGAUUUUAGAAUCUGUUGAUCUGGAUGUGUCAUUUAAAGACAAGAAUGUGUACAAGGUGUAUUUGGCAAGUACUUUAUUCACAUUAUCAAAAAACCAAGUCAUGCCACAUUUGGUCUGGUAUAUGUGGUCUCAGUUAGUUCCAAUUUUAUCUAAUCCAGGUCAUUUCUUGUAUGAAAAAACUUUCAGAUACGUAUUGUCUACUCCUUAUUUGAAACAUUAUGAAAUCCCAUUAUACAACUUAAUCACUGCUCCAAAAGAUAAUGACAAUGAAUGGUAUUAUAGAGAAUUAAAUUGGUUAAUUGAAAACAUAACAAGUGGAAUUAUAACUCAAGAUGAUAUGUCAGUUCUUAAAAAUGCAUCUAUUCUUGAAAAUUUCUUGAAUUUAAUGAAUUCCAAAUAUGCCAACAUUAAAUUAAAAACCUCGAUUUUGAAAUUACUUUACAAGAUUACUAAAAUUGAUCAAGGUUCAGAUUUAUUGAUUACUAGAUUUGGUGCAUUGUGUAAUUUAGAAUUGCUUAUUGAUCAAUUGAAUGGAGUUUCUGCAAUUGAUAAACAAAUGGAAGUUAAUAUUGAUGAAAUUGUGGUUAAUUUUGCCCUUGGUGUAAGAUCAAGUAAAAGAGUUAGAAAUUGGACAAAUGAUGAAUUGGAUAAUAACUUGAAAAGAAUCCAUAGAAGUAUUCAAGUAGAUUAG